AUGUAUGUUAAAAUUGAAACGGAAAGAUUAACAUUCAUCAGGUUGAAUCAAACCAAACUCCGAUCUGAAGAGUAUAUUCACCUUCGAGAUGCGAUUAAUACUGAUGGAAAUGCACAGAAUGUCGGUCGGAUGACUAUUCUUCCAGCAACAUACAUCGGAAGCCCUCGGCAUAUGCACGAAUAUGCUCAAGAUGCCAUGUCGUAUGUUCGUCAUUAUGGUACAGCAGAUUUGUUCAUCACAUUUACAUGCAAUCCGCAAUGGAUAGAAAUCAAUCAGGAGUUAUUCUCUGGGCAAUCACCCAUUGAUCGUCAUGAUAUUACAGCCAGAGUCUUUAGACAAAAGUUGAAAUCUUUAAUGGAUUUCAUCGUAAAACAUAAUGUGUUUGGUGAGACACGCUGCUGGAUGUAUUCUGUGGAGUGGCAGAAACGAGGAUUGCCACAUGCACACAUUUUGAUUUGGUUGGUUGAAAAUAUAAGGCCAAAUGAAGUUGAUGCAGUGAUAUCAGCUGAAAUCCCUAAUGUACAAGUAGAUCCUGGAUUGCAUGAGGUAGUUAUCAAAAACAUGAUACAUGGUCCCUGUGGAACUCUUAAUCAAAAUUCACCGUGUAUGAUGGAUGGUAAAUGUUCAAAACGAUAUCCACGGACAUUAAUAUCGGAAACAAUUACUGGUAAUGACGGUUAUCCAUUGUAUCGUCGCAGAUCGACAGCAGACAAUGGAAAAUCAACAAUUGUCAAAUUAAAUCAACAAGAUAUUGAAAUAGAUAAUCGUUGGAUUGUUCCAUAUUCACCCAUUUUAUCAAAGACAUUCAAAGCACACAUCAACCCAAAGGAGUGA